UUCUGGUGUCUUCAAAAAUAGAAUUAGCAGUGAAUUGGGGUGCUGGUGUUAGACUCUGCAAACUGAUGUCCUGUAAUUAUCCCAGGACUGAGCACAGCCUGAGCAGUGGCUGGCUUCUUUCUCUUCAUUGGCUCCUGGCCCUGCCUGUCUGAUCUUUGCCUCUAGCAGGCGUUGCAGCGUCGUCUCUCUUUCCCUGCCACAGAAGCCCAGGUUACCUCUCCUAGAGCAUCUCAGCAAGAGAGAUCCCCAGUUUACACGUCCUGGAGCCUGGCCUGUGCUGUUAUGAACCUUCCCUACGCAUGGCCUUCCACAGCGGCAGAGUGCCAGGCAUCAAGACCAUCCUCAUUCACCUGCUGUUGUGCCUGGUCACUUUCUACGCAGUCUACUACAUGAUUGGAAGCAUCUGCUCUGGAGCUUUCAGGCUGGAUACAUUUGAUGGACUUAUCCCUUUUGAAUUUAACACAGAACCAUCUCACUCAAAUCCCAAAUAUCUGGUGAAUUUGCUGUCCAUGGAACUGACCUACUUCACCAGUGGCCUUCUCUUUGCUGCUCUGCUGAAGCGAUGGGUCUGGGACUACGCCAUCACUGUCACACUCGUCCAUGUGGCACUGACGUCUGUAGUGAUGGAGCAGUUCCCUUUGGUGUGGCACUGGUGGCUAGCACUCGGCAGUGGCCUCUUUAUCAUGAUUUUCAGUGGACAACUUGUGACCCACUUUGCUUGCCCUGACUCCAGUGAUCCCACUUUGGACAGCUACUGACAUUCUUGAGAGAUUCAGGAUCAAGGUAGCUUACUUCCUAGACCUCCAAACCUGAGCAUUUCAUCUGAGCACUAUUUAUAGGGGCUGCAGUGAGUUCAAGUAGCCGGGCUAGAAAGAAGAAACGUACAAUGGCUUUCCGAGGCGUAACUAUGCGACUGUGCACAAGCACUGAAGAGCCCUAAAUCCCAUUUAGCCCCCUCAAUCUGACAGAGCACGGUUUGCCAUGAAUAAAAGCCAUUAAGCUCCUUUCAUUUGAGAGAGGAAGGUCAGAGAGAAGCUCGCACUAGAGAAACACGGACCAUUCCUCUGUGGGGAAGCUGAAAGGUGUUGACAGUCUAGUCAAGUUUCCCCCGUGAACUGCUGUGUAGAUCUAAGCGUUUGGAGUUUUGUAAUUCCCUAUUCCGCUGUUUAAAGUGCGUGUUCAUAGCCAA